AUGGCGGUCGUACAAACCGUCGUCGUCCCUGGGCCUACGGCAACCCUUACACAAAUUACCGUCAUCAAUAAGACGCAAAUAUUGACGAGCCGCAACAUAAUCACGCUUCCUACCAUCCAACUCACCAAGCGAAUAACAUCCUUUGCCACCAUUGUUGGGAUGCCUCAAGCUAUGACACCUCCAUACCCUUCUAUCACGGAUACCAGCAAAACAACAGAUCCGCUGUCUUCUGCUCCCAGGCCAGGCUCUACUGAGAAUACUCUAUUGUUGCCGUCUGGCUCAGCGCUAGAUAAUGGUUGGACAAAUGCGACGUCGGGGAUUGCGAUAUCGUGGGACCGGCCAAACCUGGUGACUGACUUAACUACAUUAUACCAAAGUCAGCUUCCCACAUUACCUAUCGGAAUAGGAACUGACACACCAAGACAAGAUGAGUCCACCCCUACGGUUAUGGAAAUUGCGACCCCUACCAAAGGGCAUCUGGGAGAGACACAAGAUUUGUACCCACCCGGUGGAAUCAGAUAUUCUCCAAACGAGAAAGUUCCUGCCAUGUCUGGUCCGCCCCCUAAGUUAGAAUCCGCUGCUGCGGUGAAUUCGCCCAGUUCAUUCGAGCCAGUUAUCAGCCAGGGUUCUCUGAUAUAUCUCCCCGCUAUGUUGUGGUCCGCGACAAUUGCUUCUGUUAUCCUGGGCAUCAUGUGGGGUGCUGCUUGA